AUGGAAACCUGUGACGUCCUCAUUUAUGGCGCUGGUGCCGUUGGAUCUGUCCUAGGCUGGUUGAUCGCUCGUACGGGACGACACCGCGUGUGGGUUGUCUGCAAGUCCAAUUUUGCGCAAGUCAAGGAACAAGGCUUCCAGCUGCACACCACAAUCUGGGGCAACGGUGUCUUCACGCCCCAUCACGUUUUCGAAGCUGGUUCUGCACUGCAAUGCAUGUCCCAAUCAGGUUAUGCCUACAUCAUCCUCGCCAACAAGAUCAAGACCGAGCAGAGUCGCCUGCAAAUGCUGCAUGACCUCCAGCAAGUUACCACCGCCAACACCAUCCUUGUGUCGACACAGAAUGGCCUGGGGAACGAAGCAGCCCUACGUAAUGCUUUCCCGAACAAUCCUAUAAUAUCCAUGGUGUGUAACCUGGUCUGUUGUCAGGUCUCACCCGGUGUCACCGAACAGCGCACGUCUAUCAAGCCGCACGCCUUCCAUGCUGGCGUCUACGGGAGGAUUUCUAAAACCGAUUUCACUACCGUAGAAUCGAAAGCAAUCGAGAGUUUGAUUGCGUGCGACGAACAGUUCAUCGUCGUUGACAACGCAUUACUGGAAAAAUGGCAGAAGAUCGUCUUCAAUAACGCUUGGAACUCCAUGACCGCUCUCACCGGAGUCAACACUCACGAGCUCUUUGAAUCUCCUGCCGCCAUUGAGUUGGUCCGCCACCUUGCUGACGAAGCAUGUCAGAUCGGAAUUGCAAGCGGCGUAGAAAUGGGGGGGAUGGCUCCAGAGAAGGUACUUGAGAUUGCGAAAUCAUGCGAACCCAUCGUCACAUCGACGCUGUUCGAUGCUCGACGAGGACGAGCGCUAGAGUUGGCUCCCAUAACCGGCUUUUUAGUCGCUCAAGCUGCCCGUGUAGGAGUCCAAGUGCCUUAUACAACGGACAUCUACCAACAGCUGAAGCAGAUGGACUCAGCACUACAGGCAUGA